AUGGCCGACAAGCUGGACAAGUCUCUUGACGAUAUCCUCAGCACCAGGCGUGCCGCCCGUCGUGGCUCCCAGCGACGUCGCGAUACCAGGGCCUCGAGGGCCUCUCAAAACGCUGCCCCAGUAGGCGGCGUCAAAAAGACCGUCAGGAAUGCGAAAUCUACUUCCAAGGCUACCCCCACCGGCCCAUCUAUGGGUCUGGGCGAAAGCAAGAUCAUCGUGAGCGGCUUGGAAUAUUUCCACAAGUCCGCCGGACCUGUAAAGAAGGUCAUGCUCACCUAUAACCAGAACGGUACUAGCCGCGGCAUUGCCGCCAUUACCUUCGUUCGUCCAGAUACUGCCGCCAAAGCCGCAAAGGAACUAAAUGGUUUACUCAUCGACAAGCGACCCAUCAAGAUUGAGGUGGUUCUUGAUGCCUCCCGUGCUCCCACUCUGCCUGCAGUGAAACCUCUGACUGAACGUGUCGCUCAACCAAAGCCUCAACCCAAACCCGUAUCAGCCACAAAGGCCAGCGCGGGUUCAAAGCGUGGCCGUUCCCGCCGCGGACGCAACGCUGGUCGCCCAAAGCCCAAGUCAGUCGCAGAGCUCGAUGCUGAGAUGGAAGAUUACUUCCCGACAACGAAUGCUGCUCCUGCCGCGACCAACGGAGCCGCACCACCAGCUGCGACUGGCGGUGAAGAUCUUGGAAUGGAUGAGAUCUCUGUACGUUGA